GCACUCUACGGUACGUUAAGCAGUAAUCAGGACCCAACAAGCGGUGGUCGUUGAUUUAAUACUGUAACCAAUAUAGAACGUAAGUAGAACGAACGUUCUAUUAUUAUCAUAUGACGUUGUCCAUUGAAUCCAUUUACAAAUCUGUUUUGUCCUGUAGUACUCCCGGGAGACGCAUGACUUCCAAGUAAAUAAUAAGGCAAAAAUAAAGGCUAAACAGGGGGUGAAUAAAGCACUGACAUUCCAGGAAGACUUACUUUCCUCUCGUCACCGGAAAAACAUGAUAAAUGUCUCCUUUUCUUAAUCAUCCCCAAACGCGAAGCAAAAACGUCAGUGGCAAUUAUCCAUCGUCGAUUAAAUGUUUUAGUAUCGCUUGUAUUCACAGGUAAAAAGGACUCUCCGUAUUUACUCAAGUCAGAUUUUUAAGUUACAGUAACAGAAGUCUCAGCCUUUUGUGUUCAAUGUCGACAACUCUUAAUGCUUUAAAAAUAUUUAUACUAGAAGUCGAUUUCAUUUGUUUUUCCGCUCUUUAAGAAAUUUUUCGUGUUUCUCUUCUUAUGAGCCUAUCUAACAAUUUUUAUGGCACAAGUAAGACAUCGUUGUGCUAGACCCACAUGUUUUUUUCCUGUCGAUGAUGGAAUGGAAUGUUGCAACUGCAACAAGUGGUAUCACAUCAUGUGCACCGGACUCACACUGGCUACAUAUUAAAAGUAUUACAUGGCACUUUUACGUUGUUUGCGCAAAGCAUGCUGCUCUUCAAAGUUUUUGGUGAUUCAUCAGGUGAUGGAACUACUGAACAUAGCUAGAAAGAUUCACUCAGAUAAACAGCCAGCAGCAGAUGGGCAGUAUUCAUUUUUCGAGAAAGCAGUGAGCUUUACUAUCAGUCCAACUUGAGAUCUGAGUGAAACCACCAAGGUGGACCCAAUGAUGUAGCUAGUAACACACAGAUGAAGGGAUGGUUACAAGAAAAAAAGCAUGAAUUUAAUAAACAAAUUAUAAGGAGUCGACGGUUUCAGCCCCGAAUUCACAUAUCAACACAAAACAGACUGUAGACGAGCAUAGCCUGAGUUGGGCAGAUGAUUUGAUCGAGAGACAUUAAGGUCAGUGGUUGACUUACAGCCACACCCAGAAAAGGAAAAGUAAGAAAACAGUGAGACCUUCGCGUUUAAUGCAAAAUCGUACUGCAGGGAUAAGAUUUCAGGAAGCAAAACUUCAUAGCACGGUAAGACGAACCUCGCUGACAGGUCAGUCAUUUUUCAUAAGUUAAGGGAUUUUCGCGAAGAACUAAAGACCAGAUCUGAACACGACCUCAGCCACAUUAAAUCCUUAAUAAGCAAGUUACUCCUAGAAACAGUAGCAGGAGUUAGCAUUUAUAAGCUUUAUAGAAUAGGACAAAAAGUGGGUUCUGAACAUACUCAGAAAAGCCACCUCUUAAGGGUAACUUCGCUUUCGCUGACGGAAAAAAACAUAAUACUGGGAAAUUCACACACAAACUGGGUUCUGAAUAUACGUCCAUGAAGAUCUCGUCCUGGAUUUUGUUUGUGCAUUUCGAGAUUAGAUUCUAUCAUCAAAACAUUCGCUUAUUAGCCCUUAAGUGUCGUCUUGUCCCGGAAAUAUUACCGACAGAUAUCCACGUAAUUUGCUGAUAGAUAACGUGUCGACGACAGAAGCGUGUAAUAAGCUGAAGCAAGCAAUUAUUCAACAGACCACAACGUUUGGCGAGAAGCGAUUGUUGAAACUGACAACAAAAUGGAAGCUCGGUAAUAGAUCACGACUACAGCUACUAAGGCAAACGAAACAUUUGAUUGUACCAUUUAGUAUAGAUCACGCUUUUUUACGAGAGAUAUAAAUACAAAGGUUCCCCACCUCAGCUCGACAGAUACUGUGAGCUUCCAGUCAACCCUUAGAUCUCGAGAAUUGUUCUUGCAUAAUGGGCAGGAUUUUAGAUGUAACACUCGGUAGUACGUCAUGAGUUCAAGUGGUUUCUGUUAUGUCAAGUUGCGCAUCAGGACCAACAAUAUUGUCGUUCGCCGCAUAGCUAGCAGAUCUACGUAUCCGGUAUUCAACAACCUCCCGCAAAGGUGAUAUAGGAGUCAGCGUUCCGGAACGCCGAAAGAUAGACAAUGUAGUAAAAAGCUACUAAUUGUUUUACCAAAUGCAAACUUUUAAAGUCUUUGUUCACGAUGGGAAACGUGGUGACCGGCCAGUAACAGCAACGGUUGUUACCGCUAAGUCUUCUAGUGUUGGACAAAACUUCAUGUUCAAAGUUCUUUGUGGAAAGGGGUUUAUAAGUUAGUAUAGUCCCAGUCACUUUAACACGUCGACCAAUGAGCAAACGCCGCAAGUAUUUUUUUAAAAAAACAUGUAGGAAACAAUUACUUGUCCUAGACCUCAAUAUUAGAAGCUUUUUCAAUUGGGUACUUAUCGUGGCUAAAGUUCGAUAUACUAUUUUGAGCUCAGACUUUCUGAAUGGUUGCCGUUUUUAGCGACAGGAUGGCUUCAUUGUUGAGGAUCCUCGCUAUUUUUUGUAACCUUAAUUUUGAUACACUAGUUCCCUUCAGAACAGGGCUUCAUCUAACUCGGGGUUGUUAUUUCUUAUUUUGCUAGACUUCAACUUAUCGCCUCUUAUUUCACCACUUUUCAUUUGAUCUUCCUAACAGACUAGUAAAUCAAGGAAGUUAAUCAACAAAGAGCUCCACUAUGUCAUCAUGACAGGUGACCUUUGUUUGAUGUCGUUGCAGCACACUAUCAGACAGUUAAUAUUAUGGUAUAGCUACUGGGGCCGGUGCGUAUUUGUGCCGGGCUCUUCGUUGAUGAUGACUGACUGAUCUCUGCCUGAUCUGACAUCACAUAUCGUUGUCGUUUGGAAGAAUCCAGUUGCUUCUGUCCUUGUAUUCUACACUUAGCAAGGUAGUGACCAGGCUGUAGCCUAAAAACUUAUGCAAGUAUAGUGUAGCCUAACAGUAAACAAGGAACAAACACCCGAAUUUCUUAAUACAUACGCACAAUAAGAAGAGGACCACUUAUCUUCUGUUACUGAGUAUUUGUCUUCUCAAAAAAUAAUGUACAACUCUUUUGAUCGAUAAUACGUAAUACACCUUGUAAAAACUUAAGUGUCAAGAUUUCCGAAUUCUUUUAGAACAAAGCUAGGGGUGGCCCAAUAAAGACACGGCAUACGUCCAUAGAGUCAUUCACAAUUUGACAGUCAUAUUAAUAGUUGUCGACUACCUGAUCGGGUCCGCGUAAUUAUCGUGACCAAUGAUUAAAGACUUUAAAUGACACAGCUUAAAAUCGUUUGGAAUGGCGCAGGUGCAUCCACUUUUGUCUUUACCCCAGAUUCUAAGCUCUCGAACUUUUCAUAACUUUAUGUAUGUUUCUGUUUCACUAAUUUAAAUUUUCUCCAAUUGUAUCUUUGGUACCUAAUCUUUUCUAUUGUUUCUGGUACUUUUACUACCUCUACAAUUCUGGAAUUUGGCCUGACAAUUUCAUCUCUCUGUGCUAAUGGAGUAUGGCAACUUGAACCGAUGUACAUAUGUACUAGGUUCUACAUUGCGAAUGAUCGAAACUAACUACGGGGAAUAAAACAUAAAAGUUUUAAGUUGUUCAGUGUUGCCUCUAUCAUUUCCUUUACGUCUUAUAUGAUUCUAUUUUAUUAUUUUAUUUGAACACAAAUAUUGGUACAAGAGGGCACCAUAUAUAUAUGCGACGCACAUUUAUAUGAUUACAUCUAAAUGAAGUACACUCUCGAGAAUUGAGCCUAGGAUUACCAAGUACGUAUCUAAUAUGUCAUCCCGUGAACUAUUAUUAUUGUUUCAGUUAUUUUAUGCACCAUUUUAUCUAAAAGGAACUAAUGUAAACUUGUUAUACUCUUCUAAAGUUAAUUUUAGAGUACUUAUUAUAUUAAAUGAUGGGUCGUUCUCACUCUCGCUACAGCUCUUCAAGUUCACCAAAUGAAAAGCGUAAAACAUAUCACACAAAACCCCACAGUCGUUCACAUCGUAAGAAAGUCAAAAGAAAAUCAAUCAAUCGGAAUGCAUCGAAUAGCCGUCAAAAAGAUAAAAUACUCAAUCUUACUCAAAAAGUGUGCAAUAUGGUUGAUGCUGAUAAGAAGCGUAAUCGUUCUGAAAAGCAUAAGAAUAAAUUGACAUCUUGUGGAUGUCCAUAUAAUUGUGAAGACGAGAUCCUGACAUUACGUAACAGCAUUGAGAACCUUCGUUCCGGUUUAAGUCUUUGUCACAAAGAAAGGCCAAUUUUUCAGCUCGAUCAUUUUGUUGACGAUCAUUAUCAGCUUCUUUCUGAAGCUUGGAUUUCUAUCGGUCCAUCUAAGCUCAAAGAUCUAGUGUCUGCUAAUUUACUGUCAAUAUGUGCUCGACGAGAACGUAGGGAUAUGAAACAUUCAUCUGGUAAGAACCCCAAGGUUUCAUGUGUUGUCCAACCCUAUGUAUCUUUUGACGGAAGUGACUACCAACUUGGGAUUUCGGAGUUGUGGCAUAGAUGUAUUCAGGAGCUGAAUGAUUUGUCAAUCGACCAAAUAAAAGCCAUUCUAAGUGGAACAAUGAACCUUGAUCCGGUUGAAUUAGUUCGUCAUCCUAGUAACAAAAGUGAGAUUGUCAGCUCCGAAAAAGAUAACUGCUCUCAUUCCCCUAAACUAAAUCCAGUAUGUGAAAAGAAUUCUGAAAUGCAAGUUCACGAUGCUGAUUCAACUACUGCCUUGUGUUCAGUACUUGAAAAUCAAUUUGAUGUUCAAAAAGCUAAUGAUCAUAGGAUUAUUGAUGAUAAACUUUACCCGAAUUCGGAAUCAUUUACGAAAUCCUGGUCUUCUACAAGUCCAAAAGAUUGUAGAAUUGAGGAAAAACAUUCAACUGGAGAAACUGACUGUAUUUCAGAUUCAAAGGAUUUAGUAGAUUUAGUUCAUCAAGAGAUUACAGAACUUGAAAUGCGAGCACGAGCUAUUCGUGCAAUGCUUAAAACUAAAUCGGAUCAACUCAAAUCAUAA